AUGUAUGAGCCAGAAGAUACAGUUAUUGCAGACGCCGCGAAGAAAGAUAUCCAAGGCGUAGCCACAAUGGCCGCGCAUGUUGAUUGGCAUGCCGCACUCUCAGAGAGGGAGGUUCCAUCGAUUCAGAACCCGGCCUUCUCUCGCUUCUGUCACACCAGAGGUACUCCAGCUACUCGGCUUACAGACUGGACUGCGUUGGACGGACGGGACGGCCCACAGACUGAACGAGAAGCAGCAGCAAGAGUUUUCAUCUAUUACGACAUGGGGCCCACCAUCCUCCCCCCUGGAAACGAGUACCGAAAAAGCAUUGUCGACGUCCCGGUGAACUCGGACAAUAUACGACCAUCUAUGCCUCGACGAGAAUCUGGCUUGGCCAGGUCCCUCCCUUUUCUUACUCCCCUGGCAGACUAUCAGCGUAUAUUAGCUCCUAGUCAGAAAUAG